GAAAGAAAGCGACGCCCACCUUGGCACACUUUCACAGUACUGUAACCCCCAAACUUCAAAGGCCAGCUCAAGCUCACUAUUAUAACCCCUUCGCUUUCCUUCUUCGUUCCUUCACUUUAAAGCCUAUUUACUCAUAUCCGGCGCCACCGUUCUCCGCCGAUUGAUGUUGUAGUAUAGAUAUAGCUGCAGGUAUUUUGUAGCUGUAGAGGAGAUAGUGGUAUAGUACAGUUAUAGGUCCGGUGAAGGGAAAUGGGUUGCACGGCGUCGAAGCUUGACAACGAGGACACUGUGCGGCGGUGCAAGGACCGGCGCCGCCUUAUGAAAGAGGCUGUCUACGCGCGCCACCACCUUGCUGCUGCGCACUCUGACUAUUGUCGGUCGCUCCGCCUCACCGGUUCCGCCCUCUGUACGUUCGCCGCUGGGGAACCUCUCGCGGUCUCUGGCAAUACUCCUACUGUUUUCCUCAACCCAUCUCCUCCGCCGUAUGCUGCGGCGGAGGCGGCGGCGAGUUCGGCCUCCGACUAUCAUCCACCGCCUCGUGUUGCUCCCUCUCCCUCUCCUUCGCUCCACCCUCCUCCGCCGCCUCCAUUUUCGCCGUCUUCUCCUACCAUAACUAGUUCCAAACUGCCUCAUAUACUAUCUUCCUCUAGUAUCGGUUCCUCCAAUCAUCGCCGCCGGAAGCCACCGCCAAAACUCCCACACAUUCUUUCCGAAUCGAGUCCGUCUUCUUCACCUCGAAGCCAAGCAUCAAAUUUCCCUUCUGGAUUCUUCCCCACUGCGUACCAAGCAAAUUCUACCUAUUCCAGUACUCCCUCUCAAACCUCUUCCGUUUGGAACUGGGAGAAUUUCUAUCCUCCUUCUCCUCCUAGUUCGGAGUACUUCCGGAACCGAGCACAGCAGUCUCAACAAUCAAUGAAUCAGAAAAAUGAAAAUAAUACCUCUCAUCACUUGGACUCCCAAGAUUUCGAUGAUGGAGAUACCGAGAGAUCCGAGUACGACUUUUUCGACCCAAAGCGCGAGUCUCUUCAAGCCCAAAAGCUUCAUCAGCAUCAUCAGCUUCACGAUCAGGAGUACACUGAGACUGAGCGGGAGGAGGUUCAUUGUAGCGAGUGGGGGGACCACUAUAGCACGACGAGCUCUUCCGAUGAGGAGGAAGAGGAUGCGGAUUCACGGUCCGAGAUCGGGAUGCGUUCAAAUUUCGGGUCGGUCCGGGCGGAAUCCAUCACCGGAGUAUCGACCGUCACGGCACCGGCUGCUCCAAAGAUGCCCAGGACCGCAAGCAAGACGGAGAAAUUUGACGAUGCAGGGUCGUCGGCUAGUUAUCGGACUGGGGACGUGAUGGACAUGAAAAUGGUGGUUAGGCACAAGGACUUGAAGGAGAUCGUGGAAGCCAUCAGAGAGAACUUCGAGAAGGCAGCGAUGGCAGGAGAUCAGAUAUCGGAGUUGCUCGAGAUCAGCAGAGCGCAGCUUGAUCGGAGUUUCAGGCAAUUGAGGAAAACGGUGUAUCAUUCAAGCAGCAUCUUAAGCAAUCUAAGCUCGACCUGGACCUCGAAACCUCCAUUGGCCGUUAAGUAUCAAAUGGAUACCGGUUCGCUAGAAGAACCAGGCGGUCCAAAGAGCCUGUGCUCCACAUUGGAGAGGCUUCUGGCAUGGGAGAAGAAGCUGUAUGAGGAAGUGAAGGCUAGGGAAGGUGUGAAGAUUGAACAUGAAAAGAAACUGUCAGCUCUGCAGAGUCAGGAAUACAAAGGGGAGGAUGAAGCAAAGAUCAGCAAAACCAAGGCUUCUAUAAAAAGGCUGCAAUCGCUCAUUGUUGUCACUUCUCAGGCCGUGUCUACUACCUCAACUGCCAUAAUUGGCCUCAGAGACUCUGAUCUCGUUCCUCAGCUUGUUCAAUUCUGUCAUGGACUGAUGUACAUGUGGAGAUCAAUGCACCAGUACCAUGAUAUUCAGAGCAACAUCGUGCAACAAGUCCGCGGUCUUGUGAAUCAAUCUGCCCGAGGUGACUCAACUUCUGAACUGCAUCGCCAGGCAACCCGCGAUCUUGAGUCAGCUGUUUCAGCUUGGCAUUCCAGUUUUUGUCGUCUUAUAAAAUUCCAGAGAGGCUUCAUCCUGUCCCUACAUGGCUGGUUCAAGCUCAGCCUUAUUCCAGUCAGCAAUGACAACAUCAAUAGCAGCAAGGAACCCUCUGAUGCGUUUGCCUUCUGUGAUGAAUGGAAGCUUGCGCUCGAACGUGUCCCUGACACGGUUGCAUCCGAAGCCAUCAAGAGCUUUAUCAACGUUGUCCAUGUGAUCUCUGUCAAGCAAAGUGAAGAGCUGAAGAUCAAAAAACGCACUGAGACUGCAUCAAAAGAACUCGACAAGAAGGCUUCUUCUCUGCGAAACUUAGAGAGGAAGUAUUACAAUUCGUAUUCUAUGGUAGGUAUAGGGAUCCCUGCUGCUGUAUCAGAUGGUGGGCAAGGCUUGGACGCUCGAGACCCGCUUGCCGAAAAGAAACUGGAGCUCACCACCUGCCAGAGGCGGGUCGAAGAUGAGAUGCUGAAGCAUUCCAAGGCUGUGGAGGUAACAAGAGCAAUGACUCUUAACAAUCUGCAAACUGGUUUGCCCGGAGUUUUCCAGGCAUUGGCAAGUUUUUCUUCUCUAUUCACUGAGGCUCUUGAGACAGUUUGUACCCGUUCAUAUUCCAUCAGGUAGUUAGGUUUUUUUGGUUCUAUUUGGGAUCUUGAGUUCUUCAUAGUAGGGCCUUCUUCAUAUUAUUUUUGGGAUGUGCUAUUGAAAUGUAAAUAUGAAGAAUUUUGUGGUUCCGUGUUUUUUCAUUUAAUUUUAAAGGGAAUGGGGAUGGUAUUUUUGUACAGGAAGUCUCUUGCAAUAUUGUAUUAGAGAAUUUGCAAAUCUUUCAGUUUAUUAAUAAAUUACACUCAUUGUGCA